CUGUGAUCUGUCUCUCGUUGACCAAGAAUGCUGCGUUCAACAUUCAGAAGGAGAAGACAGCAAAGGAAAUCAUGGAAGCACUAUCUAACAUGUACGAGAAGCCAUCUGUAGCGAAUAAAUUUUUUUUUAUAAGAGAGCUGGUGAACACAAGGAUGAAAGAAGGGACUUUAGUUACCGAGCAUAUCAAUAAGCUGAAUUCAAUAUUAACCAGACUUGCAUCAGUGGAGAUUAAGGUUGAUGAUGACGUUCAAGCCUUGCUACUGUUAUCGUCUUUGCUUGAUAGUUGGUUCGGAACAGUUGUAGCGGUUAUUGGUUCACUGGGACCCAAUGGAUUCACUUUUGAUCAGAUUCGAGAUCUCGUUCUUGGCGAGGAUGUCAGAAGAAAGAGUUCAGGGGAGUCAUAUGGUGGAUUGCUUCAUGUUUGUAGAGGCAGAAGGAAUAGCAGAGGUAGUAGGAGCAAGAAGAAACAAAGGAGUCAGUCGAAGACUCGGGAUAGCUCAGGUGUAACAUGCUGGAAGUGCAAGGAGGAGGUCACCUUGAGUAGCUGUGAGGAAAGCAAUAUGGAUUCCUGGGUCAUGGAUUCUGGUGCUUCAUAUCAUGCCACCCACAGCGGUGAAGCAUUGCAGAAUCUGGUUAUUAGAGACUUUGGAAAGGUACGACUUGCGGAUGAUAGAGCUCUUGAGGUGACAGGCAUGAGUGACAUGGUGUUGAAGACCGCAGUCGGUUUCUGGACUUUGAAGGAUGUCAGAGUGGUUCCAGCCUUGAAGAAAAGUUUGAUUUCUGUCAGGCAGUUCGACGAACAAAGACAUGAGGUGAAGUUUAGAGAUGGGCAGCAGAAGGUAGUGAAGGGAAAUCUUGUCAUGGCCUGCGAAAGGAAGAAAGGUUCGCUAUAUAUGGUCGAGUUACCAUCUGAGGAAGUGACCGUCCCAAUUAAGAAGAGAAACGAAGUCCGGUUCACAGAGUCUCGUGGGCAGAAGAAGGUUGUCUAUGCAAGAAAGAAACCCAGAGCCAAAGGUCAGACUCAGGAUGAACGAGCAAGGAAAGGAGGAAGAGAUGCAUUUGGCCAGUAAAAUGCAUCACUCUACUAUGGGCAGGUUCAAAAGGGAGGUACACCUCGCACAUCUAAAGGAACUCCUUAUUAAAAUGGGGUUCAAGGCUUUCAAAAUAAGGAGAAUCAACAAGUUCGAUGUCCUUUUCACUUUCAAAGAAGAGAAUGACUACCUACGAUUCCUUCUUAAGAAAACAUGGUAUGUUCAUAAUACCCCCUUCUAUGUUUUUAAAUGGAGUACUGAAUACAAAUCUACUGAGGAU